AAUUAAUGUUUGACUCGAGUCUUCUCUUUUUUUUUUUUUUUUUUAGAGCUGUCAUCUCCGAGACUCAUGCGAGUCAGGUUCUCUCUCUGUCUCACCCUCUUUUCUUCCUCUCCUUUCCUUUCCCCACACCACCGACAAUUCUCUCCGCAUCUGGACACACCAUCCAUCAUCUCCGACAAAAGUCGUCUGUCUCUGAUCAUCGCAAUGCACGCUCUAAAGGACAAAGUCUCCCAGAAGCUUUCGAAUCUCUUCGCCGAUUCCCCUUCCCAAUCUGCAUCUCCUCGCCAUUCCCUCACCGAUUCUCCCAAGGCUUCAGGGAAAUCGUUUACUUCCUAUUUCUCAUUUGGUGCUCGAAACGAGAACGAAGACACCGAAUCUGAAUCACCACCACCUCCUCCUCCUCCAAUUAGAACAGACAGCUACGAGUCUGUUGAGAAUUGCAAAAAGAACCAAGCUUCUUCGACAACGGUCGGUAAUGAUGACUACGAAGGAGAGAUGAAGGAGUUAACAGAGAGCUCUGCUUUUAUCUCUCCUGACUUGUGCGAGUUCUUGCACGCGUGUCUUCCUAAUAUCGUUAGAGGAUGCAAAUGGGUCUUGGUAUACAGUACGUUGAAGCAUGGGAUAUCGCUUCGUACGCUUCUGCGUAAAAGUGCUGAGCUUCCUGGUCCUUGUUUGCUGGUUGCUGGAGACAAACAAGGUGCGGUUUUUGGUGCUAUGCUGGAAUGUCCGUUAACAACUACUCCUAAGAGGAAAUAUCAGGGUACAAGCCAGACAUUUUUGUUCACAACUAUUUAUGGUCAACCUCGCAUAUUUAGACCUACCGGUGCCAACCGAUAUUACUACAUGUGUAUGAAUGAGUUUUUGGCUUUUGGAGGUGGAGGAAGCUUUGCCCUAUGUUUAGACGAAGAUUUGUUGAAAGCAACAAGUGGACCUUCUGAAACAUUUGGCAACGAAUGCUUAGCUAGCAGCGCAGAGUUUGAAUUGAAGAAUGUCGAGCUGUGGGGAUUUGCGCAUGCGUCUCAGUACCUCUCCUCCUGAUCCUGGAGAUUCUUUCUUUGACGAGAAUUGAUAUUAUCUCAAAAAGAAAGCUUACCCAUCUUUUUGUAUCUGUUAAUUGUUUCAAAGUUAUGAUUAGGCUUAAAGACAGUUUCCAGAGUUUUACAUGAUUGUAUCUGUGUUACCAAGAAUACUAUUCAGCUCUGACAUUUUAUUUUUCUGAGAACAAAAGUGUAAUUUUUUUGUUUUAUACAUAUAAGAUUAAUGUGGGU